AGUCCCAGUUAAUACCAAGUCCAUUUAAGUUGGGUUUCUGUUCGCCGCUGGUGUUGCCUUAGUCUGUGUUGAGACUUGAGAGUUGUGUGCAUAACACAAUCAAUUAAGAAGCUGUGAUUCUGAUUCAGAAUCAGAAUGUUGCGAAGAUGGAGCAAAGCAGUUACUCCAAUCUCCAAAUUUGGAUCGCAGCAGAGUCAUUUGAAUUUCGUGAAGGACGUCACGCGCCAAAGCUACGCCGGGGUUGCACCCGCGCCAACAACGAUAGAGGAUAAACCUCAACCCCCCGUGGUUAAACUUGACAAAAUGUUUUGGUCUAAGCCCUGUUCGCUGGCCCUGCCCCGGGACUCACCCCUCAAAGCUGAAGAACCUGAUUAUCAGGGCAUCAAGCGUUUCAUGCUCAAGCUCAUGCUGUUUUAUAGUAAGCAGAGCAAGUCAAUUCGAGGCGCUAAUGUUGUGUACCGAAGAAUUGUUUCUCAAAUUGAUAAACCUCCCAUUUAUGAAGUGUUUAACUUGGAGAAAACAUUCAAAACAACAUUCUCUUUACUUGUACUUCAUAUGUGGUUAUGUUUGCGUCGCUUGAAGCAAGAGGGAAAUGAGGGUGUUGAAUUUGGCCAGUACCUUUAUGAGAUUUACAAUCAUGAUGUGGAGCUAAGAGUCUCUAAAGCUGGAGUUAACCUACUACUGACUAAGUGGAUGAAAGAGCUCGAGAAGAUUUUUUAUGGGAACAUUGUUGCUUAUGAUACUGCCAUACUUCCAGAAGCUAAACCGGGUGAUUUUUCUAAUGUUAUAUGGAGGAAUAUAUUCUCUGAAGAUGGUUCUUCAACACCAGAUUCUGCUGCAUCUCAAUCAGUAAAGGCGAUGGCCAGAUAUGCUCGCCGUGAAGUAAGUUGCAUGACCUUAACAGAUAAAGAAGCACUAUAUUCAGGGAAUUUUAUGUUCACCUCUUUGAAGCAUGAGAACAAAAGCGGAAAGGGGCCUCAAUGAUGAAGUGGUGAUUUCUAAAUUUGUGAUUUAGUAAAUUGAAAAUACACACUGUUCUUAUUUUAUUUAUUUUUUACAAAAAAAUUGUUGAAUAAUUAUGACAAAAAGCUCAUGUCCUUCUCCGUAAGCCUAGAAACUAGAACUCUCAUAUUCUUGCCCUGUAAAAUGAGAAAAGAAAAAGGGCAGAAGUGACUGAAAAAUGUUGUUCUUUCUCAUUUUUGGUCAUCUGUUCCUCUUUACUUUGCUUUAACGGCUUCAAUGGUUUGCCUUUGUUAUUUGAGACAUUACAAAUUUUCAAUACAAUGCAAUAUUAUACUA